GUUUCUCGCAUUUUCUACGUAUUAAUUAUUAAACAUUUAUAAUUAUUGUGAACAAAAUAAUAAAUAUUUAUUUAAUUUAAUUUUAUAAAAAUUAACGACAAUAUAUUGUUGUCUUGAAUAAUGCAAUCAUUGAAAGAUAUUGAAGAAGAGAAAUCUGAUGCCAAAACUGUUGUUCGUAGACCAUUACGAGGAACAAAAAUGUCAUCAGUAACUGAUUCACCAUUAAGAAGAAGUACAAGAAGUACAAGACGUCAACCAGCAGAAUCAUCACCAGAAUCAAUUGUAAGUGAAUUAUCUGGUCCAGCAACAAAGACUCGUUCACUUAGACCAAGAAAUCCAUCAAUAACAUCAGAUAUUAGUGAAAUUGGUGAUGAUGUUAUUGGUGAAAGUAAAAGAAUUACACGUAGAAGUUCAGCAGCAAUAACAGUAUGUCCAGAUACACCACCAAAAACCAGACUCAGACGAGGUGUCAGAGCUGGUUCUGAGACACAAACAAUGUCACCAUCUGUACGAACAAGAAACACCAGAGCUGGAUCAGUUGAUGAUCAAAGAAAUGACACAUUAAGAACAUUAGAAUUACCUGGAUCAAAUAGUGGUACACCAAUUAAAACACGUACAAGACGUGCAUCAGUACAACCAAGUGAACCAUCUGUUAUUGAAGAGCCAAGAAUUAUCACCAGAGGUAGACGUAAAAUUGUCAAUGACACUGACAGUAAUGCAUCUGAUAUAACUGAAUUGGAAACAAUAGAAAAGAAAAAAUUAGAUACUGUUGAUGAGGGAAUUUGUGGUCAACUAACAAUACAGUUAAAAAAAAUUGAUGAAAUUGAACCAUUAAAAUCAAUAUCACGUCAAACAACUGUAGAAACUAAUAAUGAUGAUGAUGAAGAAGUAGAAUCUAUAAAUAAAUCAAAUAGUCGUGAAUCAUUAAAUAAUAAUGAUGAUAAUAAUAAAAACAGCUCAUCAAAUGUCAUUGAUGCAUCACAAAAAUUAGAACCAACUGAAGAUGAAAAAAAAGAGUCCAAUGAACCUUCAAGUGCCUCUGAUAAUAACCUAAACACAUCACCAGACACAUUAAAAACUGAUGAUGCAUCAAGAACAUCAAUUGGUAGAAAAUCUUUAAAUAAAAUUGAUGAUUGUUUAAAUACGUCAUCAGUCAAAUUAGAAGACGAUGAUGAUGCUUCAAAAACAUCAAGUGUUAGUAGAAAAUCUUUAAAUAAAAUUGAUGAUUGUAUAAUCGAAUCAUCAGUCAAGCUGGAAGAGGAUGAUUCAUCAAGGAAAUCAAUUAGUAGAAAAUCAUUGAAUAAAGUUGAUGAUAGUUCAGAUGAUUUAUUAAAAUCAUAAGGUAAUUUAAAUAGCUCACGUAAAUCAUUGUCAGCAGUUGAAGAUAACGUGUUAGAUUCAGCACAAAAAGUACUGGAAUCAAUUGAAGAUGAAAAAGAUGAAAGUGAUGAAUUAUUGAUGAAACCUGUUGAUCAUUUGAACAGAUCAAGUACUCCAUUAAUUCCACUUGAAGCUGAUGAAGAAGUUUUACCAAAAUCAAGUGAUAGAAAAUCUUUAAGUAAAUCUGACAGUUUUAAUAAUUCACGUAAAUCAUUUAUCACAUUGGAUGAUGAUGAUGAUAAUGAUAAUUUAGAUUCUCUAAAAGAUUCAACAUGUAGAAAAUCAUUGAAUAAAAAUGAUGAUAAUUCAACUGAAACAUCUGUACUUACAGUGCAAGUUACUCCAGAAUUAUCAAGAAAAUCAAUUGAUAGAAAAUCGUUAAAUAAAACUGAAGAUAAUUUAAAUAGUUCACGUAAAUCAUUGGCUACAUCUGAGUCAAAUGAUUUAAAUUCAUCACAAAAAUUAUUAGAGGCAGAAAAAAAUUCUGAUAAUGAAAAUAAUUCAUGUAAAUUAUCAUUUGAAAUGGAUACAGAUAAAAAUGAUGUUUUAGAAACUUCACAAAAUUCAUUUAAAUUAGUUGAUGAUGAUGAUAAUAAAGAUAAAUCUGAAAAACCAGUUGAUCAUGAUGAUGACGUUGAUGCACCAUUAGAAAAUGAAAAUAAUAAUGAUGAUGAAGAUGAACUUGAUAAAACACUUAUUAUUGAAUUACCAGAAAAAUGUGAGGAUGUAUUAGAGAAAUCAAAUGAAUCAAUGAGUCGUAAAUCAUUUGGCAACAAUGAAAAUAUUGUUAAUAAUCAACAAGAUUACUUUGAAGAACCAAUGGAAGUUGAUGAGAGUCAUUCAGUUAGUUUAUCACUUGAUACAUCAACUAAAUUAGUAAAAAGUACACCAAUUAAAACACCAGCUAAAAGUCAAAGACAUUCAAUGAUUGAUGAUGUUUGCUCAACAACUAAAUCACCUAAAAAUACACCAACAAAGACACCAGCUAAAAAUGAAAAAAGUUUAUUAGCUGAUGAAGCUGAAACAUCCUUAAUUAAAUCAGUAAAAAAUACACCAUCAAAGACACCAGCUAAAGAUGAAAAAGAUUCAUCAGCUGAUGAAGCUGACACUACAAUAGUUAAAUCAGUUACAAAUACACCAAUAAAGACACCAGCUAAAAGUCAAAGAAAUUCAUUGAUUGAUGAAGUUUGUUCAACAACUAAAUCAGCUAAAAAUACACCAUCAAAAACACCAGCUAAAAAUGAAAAAAGUUUAUUAGCUGAUGAAGCUGAUACAUCAAUAAUUAAAUCAGCAAAAAAUACACCAUCAAAGUCACCAGCUAAGGGUGAAAAAAAUUUAUUGACUGAUGUCACUGAUAAAUCAGCAAAAAAUACGCCAUCAAAGACACCAGCUAAGGGUGAAAAAAAUUUAUUGACCAAUGUCACUGAUAAAUCAGCAAAAAAUACACCAUCAAAGACACCAGCUAAGGGUGAAAAAAAUUUAUUGACUAAUGUCACUGAUAAAUUAGCAAAAAAUACACCAAUAAAAACACCAAUUAAAGUUCAAAGAAAUCCAUUGUAUUGUCCACUUGAUUUAUCACCAAAAUCAGCAAAAAAUACACCAAUACAACCACCAGUUGAAAGUGAAAAUAGUUUAUUGAAUGAUACAGUUGCAACUUCAUCAAAAACUCCAAAUAAAACACCAGCUAAAAAUCGUAAAAGUUUACUUAGUGAGGCACUGAAAUCUUCACAAAAAUCUAUGAAUGAUUCAAUCAAUAAAUCAAUAAAAUUAUCAGAAAAUGAUGAUAAAAUUAAAGAAAAUGAUAAAUCAAAAAUUGUCAAUUUGGAUUCAGAUUCAAAUAGUCAAAAUUCAGAUAGUGAUGAAGAUGUUCAUGUUGUACAAGCAUUUGUGUAUAGUGAUGAUAAUGAUGAAGGUCAAGACGAUGCUGAAAAUGAAAAUGAUGAUGAUGAUGACGAUGAUGAUGAUAAUAAAGAAGAAGAGGAAGACAGUGAUGACAAAGAUGACGAAGAGGAAGAAAAGAAAAUUAAUGGUGAUAAUGAGGAUGAUGAUGAUGAUGAUGAUGAAGAAGAUGAAGACGUCGAUGUUGAAAUUAAUGAUACUGAUGAUGAUGAUGAUGAAGAUGAAGAUGAAAAUUCCAGUAUCAAUUCUGAUAUUGCAAAAGAAUAUAAUUUCAAUGGUAACACAUCAUUAAAAUAUUCAGAUGAUGAUGUACCAGCUGAUAGUUGUCUUGCUAGUGAAGAUGAUGAGGAUGCAUCAGAUUCCGAUGAUGAUGGCAGUGAUUUAGCUGAUUUUGUUGUUGAUGAUGAUGAUGAUGAUGAUUCUGACGAAGAAGAAGAGGAGGAUGAUGAUUCUAAUAAUGACGACGAUGAUGACAGUGAUGAAGAUUCAAAUGAGUAUUGCCGUGUACGCAAGCCUUCAACAAUUAUUAUCGAAGGAUUUGAUGAUGAUGAGGAAGAAGAAAAUUCAGGCGUUAUUAUUGAAGAAAUUAACGAUGAAGAUGAGUCACUUGAUAAAACAACAAGUGAUAAAGAAGACGAUAAAAAAGAAAAUGAAUCAAUCAAUUUAAAUGAAUCUAAAAAUAAAAAAUUCAAUCGUAUAAUAUCAUCUGUUGAUAGUUCAACACCAAAAUCUGAAUCAAAUAAAAAAACUACAUCAGAAUCUGAUUUACCACCACCAACAUCAAUGAAAAAAAUGAAAUUAAAUUGUUCAUUGGGUAAUAAUAAAAAUGUUCCACAUGUUGAUACACCACGUCCAAAAAUUGAAUCAAAUAAAAUGUUUAAUUUAUCAAAUGAUAGUUUAAAAUCAAAUACAGAAAAUAAGAGUUUUGCAACUCCAUCAAAUGAAUCAUUUGGUUCUACAAAAAAAUCAAAACAACCUGUUGAUUUAUCAGCAAAAAAAAAUACACCAGGUCCAUUGUCAUCUAAAAAAACUAAUAAAACUAUUGAUUUAUCAAGUUCUGUAUCUGGUGUUGAUUCACCAAGUUUAUCAUCAAAAAAAUUAUUGACAUUUGAACAAACACCAAAUAAAACAAGUUCAAGUGUAACAUCAUCAUCUGGAGUUGAUUCACCACUUCCUGCAUCAACAAAAAAAUCAGCAAAACUUGCUAAAACACCUAAAAUGAUGAGUAUAAGUAUCAGUUCAUCAUCUGAUAUUAGCACACCUGAAUCAUCAUCAAAAAAAUUACCAGUAUCAUUGAAAACACCAAAAACCACAAGCAUCAGUGUCAGUUCAUCAUCUGAUGUUGAUACACCUGGACCGUUAUCAUCAAAAAAAUUAAUGAAAAAUGCACAAUUAUCAAAAAUGAUUACUGAAAGUGGUGACAGUUCAUCCGGUGUUGAUACACCUCGUCCAGCAUCAUCUAAAAAAACAAAGAAAAUUACUGAUUCAUCAUCGUCAUCUGAACUUGAAUCAACUGAUAUUGAUACACCAGAUAAAAAAUUAAAAAAUAAAUUAAAUACACCAAAAGAUUCAGCUAAAAAAACUAAUGAAAGUUUUAAAGAACCAAAAACACCAAAAAAUCUUCUUCAAAAGACGUUAACAACAAAUAUUGAAAAAUCAAAAACACCAAGUGCAUUGAACAACACAUUUAUGCCAGGUGCAACAGAAUCACCAGAUUUUAGAACAUUGAUGAAAGAUAAAUUAAAUGACACAAUGCCAGCAAUAAAAAUACAAGCAACCAAACGUCUAAGUGCAGCAUCAGAUAAUAAAAAUGUUGAAAAUAAAAAAAGAAAACUUUCUCUACCAGUUGAAACAGAAGAUGUUGAUACUAGUAUUGAUGAAGAACAAGUAUUUUCAAAAGCAUGCAAGCAAAUUGAAGAAGUAAUUCAAAAACAAAAACAAAUGCAAAAUAAAAUUGAUGUUGAUGAUGAUAAACCAGAAUGUGUUAGUCUAUCCAAAGCACGUCAAGAUAAUGAAGAAGCUAUGAAAAAACAAGCUGAAAGUAUUCAAGCAAAUAAGGAAAAUAAUAAAAAGAAAAAUAAAAAUAAAAAUAAGAAAAAUAAAUCAAAUAAUACAAAUGUUGUUGUUGAAGUCAAGAAAAAUUCAAUUGAUGAAUCAAAAGAACAUGUUAAUAAUGUUAAUAAUGUCAAAACUGGAAUAAAACGUUUAGCUGAUGACUUCUUGGACAGUUUAUCAGAUGAAAAACCAAUGAAGAAGAAGCCAAAAAUUAUGCCAUCACGUACCAUGUUUGAUUCACCAUCAAAAAUACCUAAAAAUAUGUUAAUUGAAGAUUAUGUGCCAUUAGAAACAACAACAUUUGGUAGUACAACACAAUUUACUGUUGUUAAUUUAAAGAAAAAGAAAUCAUUAAAAAAUAAAAAAAAUAGUGAAUUAAAUUUCCGUGAACGUAUGCUCAAAAGAAAUCCACGUCAGCCAAUAUCAGCAUAUUUGAUGUACAAUCAAAAACUCAAAGCACAACAACAACAACAACAACGACAAAAAUUUAAUUAAACAAAAAAAUUAAAAAAAUCAUAUUUCUAGAUGUUAGAUUAACACGUUUCGUUUACUUAACUUUUUUUUUUUUUUUACAUUCUGAUUAUUAUUAGUCAUCGUUUCCAUCAUGUGAUGCUUCUUCACUUUUUUUUUUUUUUUUUUUCGUUAUAUUUUUUUUUUUAAACAUACUCCGACACGUUUAGAUAAUAUUUUUAUUAUCAAACGUUUAUUAUUAUUACUUGAUGUUUUUUCCAAAUUCUUGGGGA